AUGUCGGACCGCCGUGGCAGAGGACGUAGCCACCAUUACGACGAUAACCGGGACUACUACUAUGGAACCAAUCCCGACUAUUACGACGACAGGGCUCACCACAAAGACUAUUACGAUGACCGGGCGAUGCCCCGCGACAGCUCUCGUUCCCGUCCCAAGCCCGUUCGCCGCCCGUCCAUGGGCCGCCGCGCUCUCAGCAAAAUUGGGAGAAGUCUAAGCACCAGCUUGGGAUUGACCCAAGACAACCAUGACGACGACACCCGCGGCUACCGCAGCAACAGCAGAGGCCGCCGGGCUCAUUCCCGCUCCCGUUCCCGCUCAACCUCCUCCUCCUCCUCACGCUCCCCACCCCGCCGAAGCCACCACGGCCACGGCCACGGCCACGGCCACGGCCACAGCCACAGCCAUAGUCACGCCCACAAAAGCCCCCGCGAAAACGACCGGUACUACCCUCCCUCCUCCUCCCGGCGCUACCACAGCGACUCACCCAGCCGCCACCGCAGCCGCUCCCGCGGCCGUCGGCAAAGUGUCAGCAGCAGCGGCCACCCGCACGCGUCCGGACGCAGCAGCAGCCGCUGGCAGCAAGGGAUCAAGGCGGCCAUGGAGGCCGGUGCGGCGGAGGCGUUCCGUCUGCGCAAGGAGCCUGGCCCGUGGACUGGGGCGAAGGGAGGGAGGAUUGCGACGGCGGCGUUGAGUGCGGGGGUGAUUGGUGGUGCGACGGAGGGGAGGCGGGAAGAUCGGUAUGAUUCGCACUCGGGGCAUUCUGGGUCUGGUGGUGGGAAGUUGGGGUCGUUGGGUUCGGCGGUUGGGGGGAUGUUGGUGAAUCGGUUGGUGAAUGGGCCGAGGAAGGAGGUUAGGAGGUAA